AUGCGUAACCUUUGUCUCAAGCUUGGCAUAAUUGAAGCUGGGACAAUCUCUUUAGCUGCUGGUAUCAGAAAAUACUAUGCCCCCUACUACGACGAUACAUGGGUUUGGGGGAUCACUUCGCGAAUCGCUACCGUAUUGCGAGAGAUGGGUAGCCUUUGCGAGAGUGAAACACAUAUUUCGUCGCCAUUAAACCAUGAUAUGUGCGCAAACAUCCUAGCUUGA